AUGCCGACAAUAUCGGAUUUCUACAGACGUUUCCCUAUCUUCUCAGCUGUGAACUACUCGUCCGAACUUGCCGAAGUCCUCUUGUCUGACGAGGACGAUGCCGGGAAUUCUGAGAAACGAUCUGUUAGAUGGGAAGCUCAACACUGGCACUGGAUUUUCCACGGUGUCAGUGUUCUUAUCACUCUAUAUCUCGGUGCUUUGAUUAUUGGAUUUAACUCGGAGAAAAAUCUCACUUACUUGCAAUGUUGGGAGAGGUCACACACAUACUCACCAAUAAAUGACAUCCUAAGCACAACGGACUACAUCUAUGACCGAUUCAACGGUUCACUCUGGUACCAGUCACCCUUUAAAGGACCGCCCACCCCACAAGUCGAAGCAGCAUGGCAGUCCGCCAUGGAAUACGGGAUGAUCGCCGUCUCAGCGACCGAUCUUGAACGCGCCCAGAGACUGGAAGACCUCGACACGGCCGCUAAAUUUCCUGCAUCAUUUACUAAAGAAAAAGACAAAAAAGACAGGGAAGAAAAGAAAUACAUCACAGUAGCAGUCGGAACACACCAACUUCACUGCCUCCACUAUCUCUGGCAAGACCACCACGCAGCCUUCUUCCCCAACACCACGCAACGCAAGCAAAAAGAGGUUCCGGAGCUCUACGAGCGGCAUUACGAGCACUGCGUGGAUUAUAUUCGGCAAAGCAUCAUGUGCAAUUUUGACACCAGUCUUCUCUCGUACGACUGGGUGCGCGAGCAUCAGACGCCAACGCCGAAUUCAAAUGUCAUGCAUAGGUGCGUGGACUGGGGGGUAGUGCAGGGAUGGUUUAGAGAGAGGGCCGUGAACAUGCCAGAUGGAUUUGUCUGGAGUAAACCAGAGGGGCAGGCGAGUUUGGAUUUGAAUCCUUGA